AUGGCUGAGGUAGGAUCCACCAGGCCAGACGAAACUCUUCCCUGUCCGGCCGUGACCAACAGAGUCCCCGAGAAUACUCUUGUCAAAGAGCCAUGGAAGCACCACGCACCGUACGACAUGCGACCUGAAAGUGCAUUUGGCCCCGUCAAAUGGCGUGGAAAGUGUCUAUGCGGGGAGGUCACAUAUUCCUUGAACCGGGAAAAACCACUCAAUGCCAAAUACUGUCACUGUCGUGGGUGCCAGAAAGCACACGGUGCUCCUUUCCAGUGGGCAGCUAUCUUCGACAAGCACGACAUGUCGUUCACGAGCGGUGCAAGUGGGCUGGCGUUCUACUCCUCGACUCACAAGUCUCAGGACUAUAACUUGCCUACCAAGGUGUCCUGUGCCACUUGUCGAACGCCUAUCAUGGAUGAAGGCCGCAAUAUGUGUUUGAUUUUCCCUCAGUUGAUUGAGCUAGAGGGAUCUGAGGAGGAGCAGAGACAGAAGAGAGAGAUCUUUAAACCGACAUGUCACAUGUUCUACGAGUCACGCAUGAUAGAUAUCCCCGAUGGUCUUCCCAAGUGGAGCGGGAUGGAUAAUUCCAGUGACAGACUGGAUGAUCAAGGAAAACGGAUUGAAGGUGGGAAAUGA